UCGAUGGUGAACGUUUCGCGAGUACGCGUGUCAAAGUGGCGCCGAGAGGAGCGAGAGAUUGCACGCGGGGUGCCUUAAAUGGAAAUGCCCCUGGCUUGUCCUCGAUCCCGCUCUUUUCGCCUUCUCUUUCUCCGCCUUUCCUGCCUUUCCUCUCCUCUUUUCUCCCUAACGUCGCUCAAAGAUUCCCCUUUACCAUUUCCCCCGCUUUUUUCCUCCUUCCUUUCAGAUCCUGUCUCGUUAAUUUUCUCAACAGAAGCGAAAGCAAAUUAACUGCAAAAGAAGAAAGAAGAGAAAGCUUUUGCUCGACGCUAUUGAAUCAAACCGUUUACACGGAAAAUGGGAAAAUCUCUAGAAAUGUAUAUUUUAUAUUUCUUAACAAGCGUCGAUGGUACUCGUCGUUAAUAAAUUUACAAGAUUAUGUUCUGUAGAAUAAUAAAAUAAAAGUAUCCGCGAGCCUGGAAGACAGGCAACCAAAUUUCUAAGGAGCAAGGCGGGUUGCCCUGCUCGUGGAACAAGUACGCGCCGCGUAUAUAAGCGAGCGUUUCCGCAUUUUCGACUGCGUCGUUGUCUGUUCUGUGUCGUCCAUCAACGGUUCUCGGUCGUGAUUCUGGUUGGAAGAUGGAACGCUUACAAACGCCUCUUCGAACGUGCUUAAUCCGAGGAACGUUUUUCCUCUGCUUCUUAUGCAUCCCGUGGCGCGGACAAUCUCUUUUCCUGGGUGAUAGAAACGUUACGAAUUCGACGAGGAAUCAGCCCGUUAGACGCGAACAGGAAUCCUUCCAUUCCGCUUCCAUUGAUAAGGCAUUAUCUUCAACGUCGACGAGAUGCAUCGGACCGAGCGAGAAAACUGGACGUUGCGAAUACCUGACCACGUGUUUCCUUCAGGAAUAUCGAUCGAACUUCUCCCUCGCGAUGAAACACGCGUGUACAAUUGAUGAAGCCUACGUUGGUGUGUGUUGCGAGGUGUCAAAGAAUUUGGUCGUCGAGGAGGAUCUCGCCAAUAUUUUGCCGUUGAUUGCCGUGAACGUUGAAAAAUCGAAGGAAACAGGGAUCGACGCUGACGCGAGUAGAAUCGUUUGGGUGGCAGAGAGCACCACGUUUCGAACGGAGAAGAAACCGGAAAGACCUCGAGGAUGCGGAACGAGUUCAAACGGUCGAACCAGGCUGGUGGGCGGUGAACCGGCCGAUCCCAGAGAAUGGCCAUGGAUGGUGGCCCUUCUCAGAAAGGAUCAGACCCAGUUUUGUGGCGGGGUACUCGUUACCGAUAGACACGUGUUAACCGCGGCUCAUUGCGUGAACAGGUACGAACGCAAAGACGUCAGAGUCCGGCUGGGCGAGUACGAUUUCGACACGUCCGAAGAGACCAGAGCCUUGGACUUUGCGGUAUCGGAGACACGAGUUCAUCAGGACUUUGAUCCCGUUUCGUACGAGAACGACAUCGCGAUCGUGAAGAUGCAUCGACCGACCGUGUUCGACAGCUACGUUUGGCCCGUCUGUUUGCCGCCGAUCGAUCAAACGUUCGAAAACAAGAGCGCGAUCGUAACCGGUUGGGGUACCAGUUACUACGGCGGUCCCGCCAGUACGGUGUUGAUGGAAGUCGAGGUUCCCGUAUGGCCCCAGGCCAGCUGCGUUCAAAGUUUCGUUCAACGAAUACCGAGGACGGUGAUGUGCGCUGGCGCUUACGAAGGUGGACGCGAUGCUUGCCAGGGCGACUCCGGGGGACCGCUGCUGCAUCGGUUGGAAAACGGGAAAUGGGUGAACAUCGGGAUAGUAUCUUGGGGGAUACGUUGCGGCGAGCCUGGCCGUCCUGGUAUAUACACCCGUGUCAGCUCUUACCUGGAUUGGAUAUUCGAGAACGCUGUCUUUUAACUGGUUAGAUUGGACGGGUUAGGUCGGAGGAUUGUAAAAAGAAAAGUCGAUUGACGUUUGGAAACAAUGAAAUUUUAUUUUAGGAAUAUCGAUCGUUACAACGUUAAAAGAGAUUGACACGAAUAGAGAGAAAUUCGAUCUUCGGGACGCGGGUCGUGCUCGAUUCUCAUACUUUCGUUUUACGGCGUGUACCACGCGCGUACACGUAUACCUAAUACCUCUAGCAUGCGACCAUUUUGCGCAUAGCCAAUAGUCAAGCUAUAGAUACGGCCGUGAUUUUCGGACGAGGCCCCGCCUCUACUUUUGCACACCGAUAUCUAACUUUAACUCUUCAUAAAUAUAAAUAUAAGUGUAUACGAUUACGUAUGUGUUUGUCUGUCUGUGUUGCGUCUGCUCAUGUAUGCACGUGCCAUGAGUAUAGGUACACACGAAUAUAGCCCGUUUUGUGUUGAGUGAUGCAAUCAUACGCGUGCGCGCAACAUAUUUUACUCGCAUCGUGUCAUUUCCUGUUUGCUUCAUAGUUUCUUAUCCCUCCAUUUCCGCGUACGCGUAUAAAAUCUGGUAUUUCGGAGUUUCGCGGUUAUUCUAGUGAAAGCGCUGGUCCUCGAAAAAUUAUCGACGCUAUGGGGAACACGGUAGGUAGGUAGGUAGGUCGCGAACAGACGCACGCUUUCCUAUGGCCAGUGGAUAGGAAAGAUUGUUGUUGGCGCGCAACUAAGCUCUUCUCCGUGAAUCAGUGUUUUUUACGUCGAAAGGCAGGAGGCAUUCUUUCGAACGAGUGGACCCAAAUUUCAAUCGGACACGGGCCGAUCAGAGGUUGCUUCGCUGCUAUUCUACACGAGAGACGAUGAUACAGGAAUCACGAAUGAACAAUGUGUGAGUGGUAGAGGAGCUAGACUCGGGGAGGUGGUGCCGCGGGUACCAACAGGGGCGCGUUUGGUCCACUCUCCGUGUGAUUUGGAAUACUGUCGGCGGUCGUUUGAUAGGAACGACGGGAUUGCGAAAUCGCGCUGUUCGACGACGCCGAGGCGGAGACGGAAACGCGAUUUCGAGACGGCGAAACGUCUACCAUCGAGCUGCCAGAUAUCGAACGAGCGCGAAUCGUUGCUCCGUUUCCUGUUACGUUAUUACCACCCCCGCCGCCACCACCACCGCCGCCUCCGCCACCGUCGUCGGUCGUUUCUUUGCGACUCUGAAUUUGAACGUCGCGAGGACCGAUCGACUGUCGUCGAAGCUGAUUAGACUGAGAUCCUGACUGUUCCGGAAUCUUUGUCGGCACUCGAACACUCGUAUUCUGCUCCUGACAGCUUUGCCGCGCCAUAUCGCACGGUCGUUUAUCUUCCGGCUUCGCCGCGUGCGUCGUCGUCGCGAUCGUUGUCAUGGUUGCUGCUGCCGUCGUUGUCGUCGUCGUUGUCGAUGUCGUUAUCGAGGAAACGUUUGCUCGUUGAACGUUAUUGUUGGUUGGCUUCUCACCCAUCAACCAGAUCUCACCUUCAGAGUGACCUCGCCUCUGCAAACAAGUUCGAAGGUGCCAAAGGUGUCCAAGAUUUCCUUCGUCUUCGGACUGACGUGGAUCAUCAGAGCUGCGAACGGAAAAACGUAUUCGAGUCGAGAAACGGAGCGGUUCGAUAAUGGAAAGUAGCUGAAUUAAUUACUACAGAAUUAAGUAAAUUACCUUCACCGUUGCUCUCCAUUCUAGAGGCUGUGUUAACGGUAUCUCCGAAGAGACAGUACCUUGGCAUCUUCAAGCCGACUACGCCAGCCACGCAGGGUCCUGAAAUCGCGAGUCGUCGAUCCGGUCAAUCUACGAAUAUUUACCGCGCGAUCAUAAGCCCAACGAGAUUAACGAUCAACGAAACGAGUUACGUGCAGCAGACUUUCCCGCAUCGAACGGGGGAAAGAAAAGGAAAGAAAAUUCCAUCGAAAUUAACGAGAAAAAAAAUAAUAAAAGUAAACGGGUAAUGAUCCAAUUUCGUCCGAGAGUGGAGGGGGAAAAAAGAGGACAAUGAUUGUUAUCGAGAAAUUCUAUUUUACCGGAAUGCAUCCCAAUUCGAAGCUUUAGCUGCUCGUUCGGCCUGUGUCUUAUACUGAACGUCAUCACGGUGUCUCUUAACGCUAAGCUCAUCCUGGCAAUUUCCCUCGCGUGAUUCGUUCCGUUUCUCACCGGUAAUCCAGACACUACCAUGUAAGCGUCACCUAUCGUCUCCACCUGAUGAAGGUAAAGCCCGUGAAACGGUUGAAAAUGAAACGCGUUAACCGAGCGAAAGCGAAAGUACGGGAUCGAUAAUCGCGUUUACCUUGUAGACGUCAAAAUUUUCGAUAAUGGAGUCGAAACACGUGUAGAGAUCGUUAAGCAAAUCCACCACUUGAAGAGGAGUGCUCUCGGCCGAUAGUUUGGUAAAUCCUACUAUAUCGCUAAAGUAGAUGGUCACUUGAUCGUAAGUUUCGGCAAUCACGCUUUGACCGAGUAUCAGCUGAGACGCGACGGACCUGAAAUUUUCGAACGUUCUUCUUCUUCGUCUCGAUGGUUCUCUUAUCGUCAUCGAUCGAUUCGCGUACACGGGAUUUCUCGGGGGAGAAGAUACUUUAAGAAGGGAGGGCGGAGAAUAGAAGUUUCUACUCACUUGGGCAAUAAUUGAUAAAGAAGCUCUUCGCAUUUGCGUUUCUCUUCGAGGUAAUCAGCGGUACGUUCCUCCACCAAAGUCUCCAAAUUCGUGGCGUAUUGUUCCAUACGAGAGAGUAAAUUGUCCAGAAUAUUGCUGCUCUCGUAGUCUCUGAAACGAACGUAUACUUUCCCUGAUGGCCGUUCGAAAAGGUCAUUCCGAAGCAAUCGAGGGUGUACGCGAUGCCAUUACGCGAAAUCGCGGUUUAAAAUUCAUUUUUGCGAAUAAAGUUUAGGAAAAUGGAGAUAACGAGGAGUCGUCUGCGCAAGUAUCCCGGUAUCGCGCAACAGGAUGCUCCCAUCGAUCGAUAAAACGCUCGACCCUCCUGACGUUCGAAAUAUCUGUUAAUUAAUUUUUAACGGUCGAUUGAAAAAUAAGAAAGGUUCGCGGAGGCAAUUUGGUGAUUCGAUUCUAUCGAGAAAAGAUCAAAUUUACCGCGCGGUCGAGCAUUUCACGCUUGACGCGGUUCGCGCAACAGGCUGUACGAUUUGACUUUGAAAAUUAUCGAAAAGGACAUCGCGGAUAAACAGACGCCGCGACGCGUCGGUAGAAAGCAGGAUUUCAAUGAACUUCUGAAAUAGUUGGAAGGAAUAUUGCUGACAAGUAUGCCAAUAUCGGAGAUGAUCGACCUCGGGACAAAGAGAAAAGCAAAACAACGGUGGAGGAAAUUGAGAAAAAGAAUGGCGAUCGGUGAAGCGGAAAGGUGUCGUUACUCACUUGUUAAUUUUUCGUAUAGUCUGCUUGAGCGCGGGAAAAUCUGGUCGGUCCGCGGAGUCUUGUGCCCAGCAUCUCCUCAUCAACGUAGCCACCUAAUCGAAAUCGCAACUCGUUAUUCCCCGAAUCGCAACGAUCGAUCUUAUCAAACGAUCUAUUUCCGACAAGACCGGAACGCGACAUUACCGUCCAGUGAUUCGAAUAAUUGGAAAAGAAAGCGUGCUUACUUCUUCUUCGACCGCGGACUCGUCGAUCGCUGGCCUCAAAGGGGAACCACCGCCCCUUUUCACUCCUUCUACGAUUUCUGAAACGGAACGAUAAUUGCUUGGUUCGCCGACUGAUGAAUCUCAUAUCACCGAUCACGUAGAUUCGUGUAGGCAGACAUAGAGAAAAACGCGAGGUUGAUCGAACCAAUCGAUCGAUCCGUUCGAAGCACGGCGUGCAGUGAUCGCGUCCCGUCGGACUUAUCGGUACUACUCGCUACUUGCUCGACAACGUCCGUUCAGUGGAACGAGUCCCGUUUAUUCGAACGAGGCGAACGGAAAUUCAUGCGAUGCCGCGUCUCUUCCUCGGGCAAGCACAAAGGAAGAAGGAAGAAGCAAGAUCACGGCAAAAGGGAAAUGUGCAACCUACUGUGCCUGUACAGAUCCUCCAGGAAGACGUUGCAAGUCUCGCAGUUGAGGGUGCAGUGAGGCCUACGGACUUCGAGCAAAGGACUGACGGCCCUUCGAGGGCUGGCCCCACCGUCGGGACUGGCGCCCGGCAUCGCCGGCAACGUUAGACUACUCGUGCUCGACGUAUUGCUUCUUUCUGCCAUCUCUUCUCCUUUUCCUAUCUAUCCCGAUUACUAUGCUUUUUUUUCCACCUAUUUCUUCCUCCUGUAUCUCGCACACUCUAUUUCUCUUACUCGCUCUCUCCCACUCGCUCCUUCCAUUCUUUAUUUCCUCUCUCAGGGUGCGUACGAUCAUCAGGAUUCAUGGAAACGUAACCGCGUGUGCAAUUAACGGGGUCGACUGCGAAUGAUUCAAGAUAAAGGGGGAAGGAAAGUACCGAAUAUGAUUGACCGAAUUCGAAGGGAAAAGUUCCGCGACUCCGCGCCUACCUACCACAUGGGCAGUUACGAGUUUACUCGACAGUUCCCUGCUUCGAUUCAACGACCCCCUUUUUCCCCGCUAACAUCGCGAUAUCGUCAACGAGCGAACCGAAUCAAAACGCGACCAAGUCGUUCUAGAAACGUGCGAUUUCUUCUUUCGUCUCGAUGGGACACAAAAUAAUAGCCGCGACACACGAGCCAACGGGUCGCCGUGCCGGCGAUUCUUUUCCGCUUACGCAACGCCGUUGUUUAUGCUGGCCUUCGAUUCGAACCCAUUUCAUACUCGAGCAGACUACGAAUCCAGGAGAAUAUCAAGGAUAUCCGCGGCAUCGUGUCUACCGUAGCUCGGUGUUUUGCGAUCGAAAGGAUUCGCGACCCGGCGUGCUCGCGUCGAGUCGUGUGUUCCGGCCCGUACGAAGUAAUCAAUUAAUUGCCGGAUCUCGGAUACGGAAUCAGGGUAAUUGGCUUCGUAAAAACGAGCAAGAACAGAAGGCGGGAGGAAAAGGGAAGGAGGACGAAGUAGGGGGAACGGAUAGGGACGUGUGGAUACAGCGUGAGAGUGAGAUGCAGACAGAGCGAGAAGGGGGAGGAGAGAGAGAGAGAGAGCGAUUGAAGAAGGGGUGGAGGGGAAAAAGAGGUUGAAUAUCGAGCAAAAAGGAAAAUCCGGCCGCGUAAAUGGGACGGUCUAACGAUUGGUAAACACAGGCACGUAGAGAGAUGUAGGCAGGCACGAAGGCACGCAAACACGCAACACCCGAGACACGCAGGCACGCAGCAAGCCACCCGCGCGCACACACGUUCCUCUGGACGUUCGAUUUCCUAAGGGUUGAUUAAUCGAAACAGAGACCGGUAAACGGGACCUACCGCGUUCGUCUAUCAGUCUAUCGGACCUUCAACUUCAGGCGUAACUGCGUAUCCGUUGAUUUCACGUGCCGAUACGGGAUCAGGAAUCCCGUGAAAAGGGUAGAAACAGUAGCGAACGGACACGGGCGCAAAGGGGAGAGCGUGAAUUGUCGGUGUAUAAGAGAAUGGAGUCGUGCGGAUGUUGGUGCGUGUUCGAGAAGAAGAUAGAAAAAGGAAGAAGGAGAUGGACAGAAAGAAGCGACGAGGAAGCGCGCGCGAAACCGUGUGCGUUCCAGGACGCGUGAAAGCUUCGACUGAGCUUUCAACCCCCGUCUCGGAAAGCUCCUAGCCUACUUGUGGCACGUUCCAUCCUGUGAUCGAUCCUGCCGCUCUCUGCUCGACAACGAGCUUGCGAAAGCUCGUAAACUUCGUUACCGAUCGACCCCACCGGGAGAACCCGAACCAGCGAUUCCCUUUUCCUACGAGCUCCACGCGGUCGAUACGAGCUUUCGCCCAAACUCCCUUACCGGUUGCUUCUUAUCCGCUUUUCCAGCCGCGAAACGUCGGAAAAUCGAACGUCGCGUAUCAACGGUGGUGAAUGUCUGGGUAAGGGAAAAAGCUCGACCACCUACCGUUCGGUGAGAGGUCGCGGUCGUCACCCAAGUAGAAUGGUCCUUUUCGUACCACGAUCUCGUGGACGAUUAUACCGAAGCUGUACACGUCGCCCUUUUGAGUACCUUCCGGUGGUCGCCUUUCCAUUCGCAACAAUUCCGGCGCCGUCCACAGCUGUCCUGAAUAAACAACGACAUUUCGUGUUUCUGUGUCUUUGCGAGCCAAGUCUCGAACAGGCAAGAAAAAACGCAUCGCGAGACGACAAUGUUUCUCAACAAUCUGAAACGCUCACUUCUCCAGUAGGCAUAGCUGUUCCUGUCCGCUUCCGCUUCGAUGGGAUUAGGCUUCCUCAGUUCGUGCAAUCCAAAAUCGGCGAUCUUGAGAACGAAUCGCGAAUCGACCACACAGUUGGAGGAUUUUAGAUUGCCAUGGCUCUUUAGUUCGGACGCGUGAAGAUACCCCAUCCCUCGAACGAUAUCGUGUAUCAGAGAUCCACGAAACACGCGAUCCAGUUUGAUCUGCUGGUUCUCCAAGAUGUCCUGUCAGGGAAAGAUCGGUUCAAGCGUCAAAGGAAGGUCGAUUCCCCUCUAGCUCUAGAUCGCUAUGUAAAACGAUUAGAGUUUCAUCUCGAAAUUCGAUUGCUUUUUUAAUCAAGUUCGAUAACGAGAGCGUAGACUGUGGGCUACGAGAAACUCGAGCAAAGUUAAUCGACCUUCCCUCCCAUCCACCCACUACUACCGAAUAUAGGUAAUACGAACCGUGAGUUACGUUCUCGGCUACUCUCAACUUACUCUAGACAUUAUUUACAGUUACUAUUCGUUCAGAGUCGAAUCGAUCGCGUGUACUUGCAGGAAAGUUCGACGAACCUGAAGAGAACCCUUGGGGCAGUAUUCGGUCAAGAGGCAACAGUGCGGGGGCUCGACGCAAGCACCGUAGAACCGCACCAGAUGAUCGUGCUGAAGGUCCUUCAUCUAUGCGAAAAAGAAAAUGAAGGAAAGUAGUAAAAUUUGACGGUUCCCCUCGCCGAUCGCUGCUACUCACCCUCUUCAGUUCGAGCAACAGGGGCCGCGAGAUUUCCACCUUGUCCCUCGGUAUCAGUUUUAUGGCAACCUUGGAGUUCUGCAACGAAUAGGAAAAAACGAGUGGUAGAAAAAGGAAGGAUCGAGUGCUCGCGACAGCACUCGGAACAACGAGGGACGCCUAUUUUUCUCGUAAAAUCUUCGACAUCUAAGAUUUCUUUGCCUCUGUCGUAAUCGAUCAGCUUACCUGUAGAUAAAAACCGAAACGAUUGCGAGGACGACGACGAUCGAGCUGAGGACCAUCGAUAGAAUCGCGUGUCCUGGAAGAGCUGUCGUAGAACAGAGAACCGAUUGGAAGCGUGAAACGCAACCGGACGAUGUAACCGAUUGAUUGGAAAAACUUACAAUUAUCGGGACACAAGGAGCCGUCGAAGCCGCAGGAUUCAUGUCGAGAAGAGAGUAGUCCGCUAUUCGAUCGCCGUUCUCGUCGAUAUUCACGUCACCCGUUAUACCUGCAAUCGAACGUUCGAGCAUC